AUGCCUUCCCGCUACAAUGCAGGUCACUGGAAGUAUUCAGAGUUCACACCUCCAGCAGCUAGAGGGCCACAGGCAUUUCAGAGUGAAGAACUACCAGAGUUCAUUCAAUUCAGUCCCAUUCAAUCUUAUCUUUUCUUGUCCUGUUCUAUAGGCCUACCAGAAGCACAGGUUUUAGAGUCUGGAGAUACAGCCAGAAUCCAUUACAUCCUGCUACCUGUAGAAAUCUCCCUGUCUGCCAUGAGACCCAGACAGUGCAAUGUUCCCAGGUGGGCCAGCAAGAGCAGGAGAGCUGGAAAGAAGUUCCCAGUAACUGGCAAAAUUCAAUUGCAUCCUCAAUACAGUGAGCCUGCCUGGGAAGUGUCUGUAGAGCUGGGAGCCAGCCUUUUCAAGGACCCACUGAGCAACUCCAGGGAAAAUGAGCAAGACAUUGGGGAUCAGGAGUUCAAGGUCAACGUGGAGGCAGAUAGUCCAUUACCCCUGGCUGAAGUCUGUUGCCCCAGUGGCUCCAGAUAUCAAACAAGGGAAGAAGAGGAAGAUGUCUGCUAUAGUGAGGAAGAAGGUGAUUUGCAUCCCAGCCUCGUCACUGAGAACAUCAUCCAUCUGGAGGAUUCCCAGGAAGUACACAGCUCCAGUCACAAGAGGCAGCUUCCUCUGGAUUCACCAAACACCUCAUCCAGCACCAAGAGACCGUGUCCAGAGGGCAGACUUAGUGCUGCUUCAAGCUCCCACCAGGAAUCUUCAGAGCUGGCCAUGCUGCGUCAUAAAGUCAACACAUUGCAUACCAGGCUAGAUAUCAUGACCAGUGCCAUGAAUGCUUUAUAUAAAUACACCCAAACCCUGCAUCAGAUUCUGGAAAUCCAGGCAAAGGAAGACUGAGGUCAGAGUUAGAGGGCAGCCCUCUGAAAAUAAGCAAUCUUUCUCUCUCCAGAUCAUUCCUAUUCUCAGCUCCCAGGAUCCUCUAUCAGGUUGCUUUACUUUUCAAUUCCCUAGAGAGACACUGGGGAGUACCCAUAUAG